AUUCAUUAAAGUCCCCCGCGUUGCCAAACAACGAGCUCGAUCCUUCGCUUCUCCCGAUGAUCCUGUGAAGCCGCUGCAAAACCCUAAUCCCAUCUCAACACUUGAUUUGAUGGAUUAUAGUUCAGAAGAAUCAUCUGACCUCAGUGAUUCUGAGGUAGAUGAGUACGAGGCCAGAUCUUAUCUGAACAUGAAAACGGGGAAUACUAAAGUAAAAAGAUCAUCCGGCAUCUAUAGAUGCCCGUUCUGCGUGGGGAAAAAGAAACUAGUAUACAGUUACAAGGAUUUACUUCAACAUGCCAUUGGAGUUGGUUCCUCAAAUCGAAGUGGAAAAGUGAAGGCCAACCACCGGGCAAUGGCAAAGUAUAUGAAAACUGAUCUUUCUGAGGCAGUGCCCUUAAUACCACAUUUGGUGAAUGAAGAGAAACCUCCUCUUCCUAUUCCCAAGCAAGAUAAUCAAUUUGUUUGGCCCUGGAAUGGCAUCAUAGUUAAUAUUCCAACUGAGUGGAAGGAUGGGCAACUGGUUGGUGAUAGUGCAAGUCGGCUAAAAGAGAGUCUAUCUAGAUUUAAUCCUGUCAGAGUUGUAACCUUGUGGGAUGCCAAAGGCCAUACUGGAACUGCGAUUGUGGACUUUGGUAGGGACUGGGCUGGAUUUAAGGAUGCUAUGGCAUUUGAAGGUCAUCUUGAAAGCCAAAACCUUGGUAAAAAAGACUGGUGUGAAGCUGGAACCAAAAGUUCAAACAUUUAUGGAUGGGUUGCACGAGCGGAUGAUUAUGUUGCUAUUGAUCCCAUUGGGAAGCAUUUACAUAAAAAAGGCGAACUGAAAACUGUUGUUGACCUUGCAGAAGAAGAGUCUAGGAAAAUGGAAAAACUUGUGGCAUACAUGAAAGACCAACUUGAGGCUAAGUCCAGACAAUUAAAAGAGUUGGAGUUGAAAUACCAAGAGGUUGAUACUUGCUGCCAAAAGAUGGUGGAUAAAUUGUACCUGACACAUCAGGCUUACAAUGAAGAAAUACAAUUAAACCAGUGGCUUGCUCAGGAGAACUCAAUCCAGUCCUCUGAUAGUAAUGUCAACAAGAAGGUUGCACUGCCUGCUUCACCAGCACAAUAUCAAGCAGAAUGACAGAGGUUUUCCAAUAUGAGCAGAGUUAAGAGUCCACAUGUUUGAGCUUUUCCCAAGUCAUGCUGUGUGUUCUAUCACUUAUAUUUCCCUCUUCCUGCUACUAUUGGGCUCUAUUUUGUUGCAUGACACUGAGUGCCAACUGACUAGUAUUGUAGUUGAUGAAACUCUCUCUUGCUUACUGCCAAAUAUCUAGUUUUGUUAUAUA